GGGUGGUAUGGGUGGGAUAGCCCAGAUGACGGAACUGGCCGCCGAUGUCACGCGCUCCUAGAAAGCGGAGAAUACAGGGCAGAGUUAGAGUCAGACCUAGGCUCUCGCAGAGAACUGCAUCGCGCUCCCAGCUCUGCUGCCUCGGUGCGGGGACGGGGCUCUGCAUGAGGACUGGGAAUGUAAAUCCCGGGCCUGGACAGGCGCCCCUGGGAGCUAGCCUGGAGGAGAUCCAGUAGAAGGCUGAGGAGUUGGCUUGGAGGGUCUCGGCAAGGCCGCGCGGAUGGAGAUGAAACUGCGAAGAAUGCUGAGAAAGGGCGGCCGGGGGCCUUGGAGGGAAGCUAGGGAAACGCUGCGGGGGCAGCCGAGGCGGCCGGCGCCCCGGGAGAAGGUGCAUGUGGAGUGGCGCUGGGGGGACGGGUGGGCGCUGGGCGGCGGCGGCGCCGGCCUGGAGGUGCGGCCUGGGCUCCUUCUGGACCCGCCCGGCCGGCGCAGGGGCUGCAGCCUCCACGCGGGGGCCUUCGGUUCCGCCUCAGCUUUCCAGCCGGGCCGCCUUCUCCCACGGCGUGUGACUGAGCCGCGCACACGCAGCCUCUCCCGCGCCGGGCUGCCCCGGCCAGGGUCUUUCCUCCCUCGCCCAGUCGCUGCCCUCUCCUUUCCCGCAGCCCGCGGGGCCUGGGCUCUCCCUGCCCGCUCCUCCUGUGUCCACUUCAGCUUUCCCGGUUCCCCAGGCAGCCUGUCCUGCCGGUCACUCCGUCUCCCACCUGCUUUGCGGGGAACUAGAGCACACACCACACAGGAGGCGGGAGAGGGGCGCGAGAGGUGGGUGUUGGAGGCGGGGGUGUGGUGUGGCUGUGGUGUGAUGUGUGGUGUGUGGUGUGCGUGUGUGUGGUGUGGUGCAUGUGGGGUGUGUGUAGUGUGUGUGUGGUGUGGUGGUGUGUGUGUGGUGUGUGUGGUGUGUGUAGUGUGUGGGGUGGUGUGGGGUAUGUGUGUGGGGUAGGUGGUGUGUGUGUGUAGUGUGGUGUGUGUGUGGUGUGUUUGUGUGGUGUGGUGUGUUUGGUGUAGUGUGUGUUGUGGUAUGUGUGGGGUGUGUGCGUGUGGUGUGUUUGGUGCAUGUGUGUUUGGGUGUAGUGUGUGUUGUGGUAUGUGUGGUGUGUGGGGUCUGUGUGGUGUGUUUGUGUGGUGUGUGGCGUGUUUGGUGCGUGUGGUGAGUUUGGUGUGUGUUGUGGUAUGUGUGUGGUGUGUGUGGGGUGUGUGUGGUGUUUGUGUGUGGUGUGUUUGUAGUGUGUGUGGGCUGUGUGUGUGGUGUGGUGUGUUUGUGUGGUGUGUGGGGUGUGUGUGGCGUUUGUGUGUAGUGUGGUGUGUGUGGUGUGUUUGUGUGUGGUGUGUAUAGUGUGGUGUGUGUAGUGUGUUUGUGUGUGUGGUGCGGUGUGUAUGCGGUGGGCGUGUGCAGAAACAACAAGCCCCUGCUCCGCAUGGGGUGUGGAGCAGAUGCUGCGGAAGCCGCCUGGCCUGUGGGCGUUGGCAGUG